UUUUAGACUCAUGCAAUGUUCUACCGCUCUAGUUGCUCAUGCUAUUAGAUGGCCCCGCAUUUUCUGAGCUUCAUUUUAGUGGUCAAUGCAUUAAUAUAAAUCUCUGUUGAGUUUUGAGCUAUUAUGCAAUAUGCAUACUCGGCUAAUUUAAAUUUUCAAUAUUUGAGUACUUUAUUUUCAAUUUCUGAACAACUCGAAUUAUUCUUUGAAUUUAUAUUUUUACACGACGAAUCUAGUGUCAUUUCAACCUUGAAGAUCAUUUGUGAGAAACCUCUGGUUUGAUUUGAUUCUUGUAUCAAUCGCAGCAAUGUCGCUGGUUCGGACAGCGUUGAUCGCUCUUUUUCUGGUCGCUUUUCUGCAAAACGCUGCGGGUCAGAAAAGACCGCAAAGUAUUGUUAAGCCUCGUGGUGCGGUUGCAACUGACGAUGGACGGUGUUCUGAGAUCGGUAUGAGUGUUCUUCAACAAGGAGGAAACGCUAUUGAUGCGUCGGUGGCCGCCGCUCUCUGUCUGGGUGUUGUGAGUCCAGCCUCUAGCGGUAUAGGAGGUGGAGCGUUUACAGUGGUUAAGAUAGCUGGCGGGGAGGCUAUUGCUUAUGAUUCUAGAGAAACAGCUCCUCUACGUGCCACUGAGAAUAUGUAUGGAAGCAAUCCUGAUCUAAAAAAGAAAGGAGUCUUAUCAGCAGGCGUUCCAGGGGAACUUGCCGGAUUAUUCACAGCUUGGAAGCAACACGGAAAGCUCCCAUGGAAGCAGUUAGUGACUCCUGCAGAGAAACUUGCAGAAGGAGGAUUCAGGAUUUCAAAGUAUCUCUACAUGCAGCUGAACGCGACAAGAGCAGAUGUCUUGGCAGACAAAGGUCUGUCUGAGCUAUUUGUUUCUAAUGGACAGCUCAAGAAACUAGGGACGAUUAUCCAUAACAGAAAAUUGGCUUUUACACUCAAGCAAAUAGCUGAGAAUGGUCCAAAAGCGUUUUACAAUGGCACGGUGGGUGUUAACCUAGCGAGCGAUAUUAGUAAAGCUGGAGGGAUAAUAACUUUGAAAGAUCUGCAAAGUUAUAGAGUUAAGGUUCGAAAACCCUUGUCCGCAAACAUUCUUGGAUACGAACUACUCGGUAUGCCUCCUCCUUCAUCAGGUGGCGCUGCAAUGAUGCUUGUUUUGAACAUUCUUUCUCAAUACGGGAUUCCGUCAGGUGUUUCGGGCUCUCUUGGUGUUCAUAGACUAAUCGAAGCUCUGAAACACGCUUUCGCGGUUAGGAUGAACCUUGCUGAUCCUGAUUUUGUAGAUGUUACUAAGGUUGUUUCAGAUAUGCUGUCUCCAGAAUUUGCAAAAGACUUGAAGACCAAGAUAAACGAUGACAAAACCUUUGAUCCAAAAUAUUAUGGCGGCAUGUGGAAUCAAAUCAACCAUCAUGGAACAUGCCAUUUCUCGAUCAUAGAUAGCGAGAGGAACGCUGUUUCGAUGACUACUACAGUAAACGGUUACUUUGGGGCAGUGAUGCUAUCUCCAAGCACUGGAAUCGUUCUAAACAACCAAAUGGAUGAUUUCACGAUCCCAGCAAAGUCCGGCGGUGACCUAAAUGUGCCGCCUCCAGCACCGGCUAGCUUCAUCAGACCCGGGAAACGACCAUUGUCCUCAAUGUCACCCACCAUUGUGCUCAAGGACGGUAAAGUGAAAGCUGUGGUGGGUGCUAGCGGUGGAGCGAACAUCAUCGCCGCGACAACAGAAGUUUUCUUGAAUCAUUUUUUCCUCAAGAUGGAUCCUCUUUCUUCUGUUUUGGCUCCAAGAAUCUACCAUCAGCUGAUACCAAACAAAAUUUCCUUUGAGAAUUUGACGACAGUGUUCGGUGAUCAUUUCGAGAUACCUAAAGAGACAAGAGUUGUGUUGGAAAAGAAAGGUCAUGUUCUAACGCCAAUGACCGGAGCCACGAUUGUUCAGUUCAUAGUUCAAGAAUCCGAUGGAAAUGCUGGCGGAAUGAGUAAGCUUGUGGCAGUUAGUGAUCCACGGAAAGGAGGGUUCCCCUCUGGAUAUUGAGUUUGUAUUUAGUUUUGCUGCCAUUGUUAAUUUAUUGACGAAUAAAAUAAAUAAAAUUUUGUAUUGUUUUUUUUUUCUUUUUGCAAUAAUGUUGAUCCAGAUAUAUAUGUAUAAUUCUACAAUCUUAGCAUGGGGAAUAUUGGAAUUAGAGGUUCCAUUAAACGACCAACCUUAAUGCUAAUGCACGUUAGUGGGGGAGCUACAUAUACAACCAGAGAUUUCUCACAAAUGAUCUUCAACCUUGAAAUGAUGCACGGUUCGUCGUGUAAAAAUAUAAAUUUAAAGAGUAGUUCGAGUUGUUCAGAAAAUUGAAUAUAGAGUAGUCAAAUAUUGAAAAUUUAAAUUAGCCGUCAGUGUAUAAUAGCUCAAAAUCCAACAGAAUUUAUCUUAAUGUGUUGACCAACAAAACGAAGCUCAAAAAACGCAAGACCAACUAGACCAAUUAUAUGCGACCGGGCAGAUUUUUUUUUGCUAAAAAAGUUAAUAUCAUUAGGAAUGAAAAGAGAAACUUAUAUAAAAAAAAAUGAACAACAGCUAGAGGUCGCAAAAGCAGUGGCUGCUGAGGCAGAGAUCGUCACAGAGACCAAAACUAAAGUUAUUUAGUUAGCUAACCCUCUCUCAAUUUCUUCAAAUGUUCAGAGACUAUGCUGUCAUUUUCUAGCUCCAUAUGAUUUUGUCGAUCAUCUUUCUUUCCACAGCUUUACUUUGACUCUAUGAUGUCAAAACUCAUAGCCUUAUAACUUUGUUUUCAGCACUGCUAUUUAAAUACUAGAGUCCUUUUUCAAAAAAAAAAAACUUACAAAAAUAGUAAUAUGCAUCCAUGACGACUUCAUAAUUGGUAUUAACAAGAUCAUAAAUAUCCUUUUUAGUUUGAUUCUACGUUGUUUUCCUAAGCAUCUAGCAAACAUAAUCUCCUCUAAUUAGAUCAAUAUAUUCAUUUCUCAAGGAAGUUAUGCAAUUCUUACUAGGAUAAAAAAAAAAUCAUUAGACCGUUAGAUAACCAAUUAAGUAGGCGCCCGUGUGGUAGGACUGAUUGAGUUGAGCAUAACAGUUGAGAUGAGACGACUUUAUAAAUUUUCCUCUACUUCUAGGUUUUAUAUAUCUUUGACUUAUUACCCUCUAUGUACUUGCUGAAUAAUUCUUCCCGACAAAAAGUUCAAUACAAUCCAAAACUGGGGGCACAAGUGAGGUUGAUACGUCUAAUACCAAAAAGAAAAUACAUCUGUUUUCUUACAACCUUGGCAAAUGCAGUAUGGGUGUCUUACUUUUCUUUGAACUAUAAAGUCAUCAUUUGAUCAUUUUCCUUAAUUUUCUUUGACUAAAUCAAUAUAAAAUGAUUGUUGAGUUUCCAUAAAUAAAUGUGACAAAAGCGUAACCAACGUCGGGAAAAACACACACUGAAUUUCCCUUUUGUCCAAUUAAAUAAUGUUGUCUCUAUUGGUAAUGAACCCGUUGACAAAGGAAAAACAAAACACGGCAUAGGUUGAGUUAGAAUCGGUUAUAUAAAUAAAUAUUAACAAGAAC